CUUUGUGUGUGGUUCAGACUUGCUGGGCAGCUGAGACAGAGUCAGGCAGUGCGAGCGAGGCUCGUACCCCUGGCAGGCUAGCGUACCCCCAGCUGAGCAUGAGUCAGGGAGGCCGAGCUCCUGCUGAGCUUCUCGCUGAGGAGCUCCCCUGAAAGCACAGGGCUUUACGCUUGGAGCAACUAGACCAUUCGACCAGCAGAAGGGCGCUUGGGGGUGAAGGCAUCGCAAUUACUUGCCCUCUUUUUGAGUCGGGGGGAAAAAGUAAUUGCGUUGAGCAGAAGAGCAAAGCAAAAGGAACGAGGCGGCAGUUUUUUGCUUUCAAAGUUUGGAACUUGAAGACAUGCAAGAUAUCUCUGGUGCAAGCAUGCAAUUUUUGUCAGCACUCCCAUCGUUCUUUUUCCCUGCCGCCGUUUUCCUUGUUAGCGAGAACCUGAGGUGUCAUUCAAACACAGUCUUGCUGAGAGAUUCUGCAAGUUUUAAACUCUACUGAACACCUCUGACUCAAAGCUCCAUAUUCUUCUCGUUUUUAUCAAACCAAACUUUUUGAAUCUCACACCUAGACAGCAUUCUGGAGGCCCCUGGGAGAAUCUUGGCAGCCCUCCUUGACCUCAAAAUGCAUUUAUACACUGAAGGCUUCUAAAAAGGAUCUGCUGCUACAGAAGCACUCUUACCCUGAUGCCAUACUACUUCUGCACGGUGUCAUCUGGGAAGAGUUUCUCACCAAGUCGCAGUUUGUGGAGAAGGGAAAAUGUGGGGGAGCACGAUCUGGACUGUGCACUAAAGUGCUCUUUGAUUACAGGCUAGAGGCUGUUAGUGGAUGACAACGAGGGAGUAGGUCAAAGGGACGCAUCCAGAUUGCAGUGCAAGCGGCAGAUGAGACAAGCCAGGCCGCGAUGGAGGUCGGCGUGGUGCCUGACAUGUUCCGCCUCUUUCAGGGGAAGACUUACAGCGCUCAGCCUCCAUCCGGGUGUGAAGUUCUUGGUUCGCAGCCAACGCCUGCACCCUUGUCUUCGCAGGUGCUUCCAUCCAGCCCUCCCAAGCCAGGGCAGGGUACCUUCAAGAGGGUGUGCCGUACAGAGGAGACCAGCCCAAGCCCCUUCCCAGGGCUGCCUGAAGGGGUGCUGGAGAUGAGGGUUAAAGAGGGCAGCAAGAUUCGCAACCUGAUGGGAUUUGCCAUGGCACGCAUGCAGGGGGAGGGGGCAGAGCAGAGCGGCCUGAGGCAGGUGGUGUUCGUUGGCUCGGGUCGCGCCGUCACCAAAACCAUCACUUGCGCUGAGAUCCUGAAGCGACGGCUGGGCGGCUUGCACCAGCUGACCAAGGUGCGCUACAAGAGUGUGCGUGAGGUAUGGGAGAACCGUGAAGGAGGCACCCCCGAGGUCACUGUGCACAGGACCGUCCCUGCCAUCAGCAUCCUUCUCUCCAAAGACCCGCUGGACCCCCAGGAGCCCGGCUACCAGCCUCCUGAAGCCCCCAUGGGCCUGUGGGGUGUAGCGGCACCCCAACGGGAGAAGGAAGACGGGGACCCUCCGAGCAAAAGAGGUUUCGGCCUUCUUCCAGACCCAGAGCAGCCCAUUUCCAAGAAGCCAUGUGUAUAAGAGGGCGGUCUCUCUGUCGGAGAGCGUGCAGCGUGUCGGAUCGCCCAGAAGACGCAGAACCGACUGCCCUGUCUCACACACUCUGAUCAAGGUUCCAAAACUCGA